GUUGUCAUAUUAAAGUUGUGCCAGCAGAGGGGGCUGCCGCUUUCAGACUUCUUCGCCUAGGAAAGAAGUUACAUGUCGUCUAUCUGGUCAAAUUCUGUCUUUACUCAUUACUUACCCAAGAAACACUGGCCCAUUUUAAGACAGUCUUGCUAAAGUCACAUGGCUUGGAUAGAAGCUUGAGGAUAGCAAUGCCUCAUCAUCAGCCACCAACCACGAGAUCACAGAGAAGAGACGAAACAGGGGGAACUGAACAAAGAGGAUUUACCAAAGCAUACCCGCUACCACCUACUUUAUAUCAACACAGGCAGUGUUUACUUCCUAAACACUAAAGAGUGAGAAGAACUGGAUUCAAGUGAAAAAGGACUGUACGUCAUUAACUGGAACUGUGACAAAGAUGACCUUGAUCAUUACUGUAACUGCUGAUUCCUUGCAGUGCAUUUCUAGGAUGACUCUUGUCAAGAAGUCGGCUUGAGCCAGGAGUUUCUCAUUAAUACCUCCACAGUAAACGGCUUUUAUUGAGGAGCUGAAACUUGAGAGCUGUGAGUGGUAACCUAAGCUCCAGAGGGAUGACUCUCCGUAGGCCAGCUGCCCACCUAAGGAGGACUCCAGGCUGGAGGAGAUCAGGAGAUGAGUCCUACUGGGAGAGCUUGAUGUCAGAAGGGCCCGCUGUUUCUCAUCCACCACGUGCACCGCGGCCCCAGAGCGCCAUUGAAGGUGGCCAGCUGGACAGCUGGCUAGAGCACCUGCAGGCUAUGCAGAGCACACUUAAAGCUCCAGCUCAUAAUCAGGCUCGAGGGUUAAAUGACCGAACAACAUCCAUGCCUGUUCUGAACAAAGAGCCAACUGGACGUGCUUGGAGACACACGGGUUUUCCCUCUUUCAGCAGGGUCUCAUCUUCAUGUGAGAGUUCAAGCCUAUGUGACAGCUCGUUGGGCAGCCAGGAGUCCCUCCAGACUGGGGUUUUUUCACCUCCGGAGCGCAGAGGAAGCUGGGAGAGAGCCCAUAUCAUGCAGGCUCCAGAAAAGGAACAAGCCGAACUUAGUUAUCUUUCUCCGGUCAAACUUGGAUGGCUGCCAAUCCAAAGAAGAGUGAUGAUGGUGGCAGACACUUGCAACCAAAACCAAUUUUUGGAUCAUGCUCCCAGCCAUCUGAAACUGAAACAACCCAUCACUCCAACAUUUCAGAAGAAUAAAGCAACACCUAAGGCACAGAAUGCAGAGGUGGAGAGAAGUCACGCCACUGCCACUGCUCUGGGUGUGAAGACGUGGCAGACACCUGAUCAAGGCGCUCCUGUUAUUAAACAGGUGCCAGAGAAGCCUAGCUUUCCUGCUAAUGAAGGGGACAGACCUGUCGGCUGGCAAGCUCUAAGGAGGGGCUGGAAUACCAACAGGGUGUCAGCUUUCCCUGGAGGCAGUAAGACCAAUGAGCUCCCCACAGGGACCAACUCAGACCCUAAUAGGAAAUCCCUUUUGAUGAAAACAGCCAGCGCAGAGGCCCUCAGGCAUCCUCUGCUGAAUCGCACAAGUUCUGCAACAGGCCCAGUAUGUGGGACAAACAAUAGUCCGCAACCUUCAGACAUACAGACAAACUCUGCUGUGGGAAUCCUCAUCCCUCAAAACAAACCUGGCUUCUCCUCCAUCACCAUCUCCUCCAGAAAAGUGAGCAGAACAGCUAGUCUACCUGGCUCUGAUACCAGCAGCCACUCUUCCCAGUCACGUGAGUCUCCUUCUCCACACAGCAGCUUGGACCGCCAGCCCAUGGACCCAAACUCCAGGCAUUUAACAGUGCAACGGAAAGCCACUAUAGUCAAAGUAACAGAGAAAAGGGUGAUUUCAAGUCCUGUAUCAAACACAAACACAGCACGGACACCACUGGGAAGCAAUGGUCUGGACACAGUGGUCCACAGAAGGAAGGCCACCAUCAUCAAGGUGACAGAACGCAGAGAAAGCUACAGUCCAGGCAGACUGAGGGCCAAACACCCAGAGUACAGACACAGCUAUAGUGAGGGAACAUAUAUGGGCAACAACACAUGGAGUCAGGAAAAUCAUUCACAAAAAUAUGAAGAAACUUCUUAUCGUCAUCUGAAUUCUAUCCCAAACUCUGCAGCACCAAAUACAUAUACUUCAGAUCCAGAGAAAAAUGGCUCACGGCACAGAUCCACACUGAGUCUUUUCCUAAACAACCCUCCUGGUGUAGCAGCACCCACACCCUCAGAGUUUUCUCCAAAGCCUGUUGGACAGCGAUCGGGGAGGCUGCACAGACCACUGAGCUGGUAUGGCAAUGUGAUUGGACACACUGAGACGAGCAAGGAGAAUUUGACACAACCAUCUGCCAGGAAAUGGAGCGUUGGACUUCCACAAGAGACCGAUAUCAACCCUUUGAACUCGGACACUAGUUUCAUCAGUCCUGGAAAAGCAGUGAAAAGACCCGGUCAGCUUGUGGCAGACACACUCAAGUCAAAGGCCGGUGAAAAAGAAAGAUUGCCACUGCCAAGAAGCACUAUGCAGACAGAGUCCUCAAGUCUGACUCUCAUCAAGGCCCCGGAUCCCCACUCCCAACAGUCUCCAGAGGAAGUGACUGCCCUCAAUGCAGCUGCGAUCAUAGCAAAUAUCAAACUCCAAAGACAACUUAGUAAGAAGAAAAAACCAAGUGGCGAUUCUGAAACGGAUUCCACUGCAUCACCUCAGGGAAAUUCUGUGACAGAUGAGGGAGAACGUGCAAAGCAGCAUCCUAAUCACAGCCGACGCCUCAACCGGCCUCAUGCUGAAUUUGUUCCACUGAGUCUAGAUGCUGAACAGUCAUCUAAAGCUGUUUCUCUACAGGACGCGUUGCAGAGGUCUAGACCAGACUUCAUUAGUCGAUCCCAAGGUAGAGUGCAAGAGCUGGAGCGAAAGGCACAGGAGAGAAGGAAACUGUCAAAUUCAGUAGGCCCACAGUUGGAGAAGGCACCCAGGCAGAGGAGAGCUCUCAGCACUGGGUCUACCUCUCUGAACGGUAACCUUUUCACACACAGAGACAGAGCAUUUUCUAGGAAAGAGAUGCAGCCCAGAUCCAAGCUGACACCUGCAGAGCUCAAGAGACAAAAAGAUGAAGAAAGGAGGGAGGUCAGUUUGAACAACAGAUAUCGAGCUGAGCUUUACAAAAAGAAACUGCUGGAUCAACUUCUUCAAAGGAGCAACAGCUAAACAACUGACGACAUGGAUGAAGAUGUAGAGAAAGGCAUAAAAGACUGAUACAGUGAACUUUGCCCUUUGUCACUUUAGUUUAUUAUCAUUCUAGAACCUGUCUUCUUAUGUGGAUUAAAAGGAUAUAUUCUUAUACAAGUAAAAAAAGACAUUUAACCUUAAUGCAAAUUUAUUGCACUUCCUGAUCAAGCAAUAUGUAGUAUGUAAAAUCAGCACUAUGUGACCUUAUCACAGAUAAAUCCAUUUACAUAUUUGUUCAUUCUUUUGCUCUUCUAUCCAAAUCUGGGAAGGAUGUCCUUCUGUGCUUGCUUAAAACAUGUUAAACUGCUUGAAAAGCAAGCAGUGAACACACUCGGACAGGGUCCUUAUGGAUUCUAGAAACACCUUCAAAUCAGCAGUGCCUGCUGUUUAAAUGACCUUUAUAUGCUCUGUCACGUGGUUGUCCUAGCCACCCUUGUGGUAUGCAAUUUCAAAUAAAGGUUGUUGAAGGUUGAAAGUA